UCGACUCAGCGAAGAUCGACCGAGAUGCUAAGAUCCCAGCAGAGACUCUGAACGGGCUGAAGGAGCUCGGGCUGUUUGGAGUGAUGGUUCCUGAGGAGUACGGGGGUCUUGGGCUGACCAACACGGUGUACGCCCGGCUGGCAGAGAUCACCUCUCUGGACGGAUCCAUCGCCGUGACGCUGGCCGCUCACCAGGCCAUCGGACUGAAGGGGAUUCUGAUCGCAGGGACCGAAGCCCAGAAGCAGAAGUAUCUUCCCAAACUGGCGUCCGGAGAACACAUCGCAGCGUUCUGCCUCACAGAGCCGGGGAGUGGAAGUGAUGCUGCCUCCAUUCAGACCCGCGCCGUGCUGUCAGAGGACGGGACGCAUUAUCUGAUCAGUGGAUCAAAGGUGAGGCAAUCUGUUUCACAAUUUCCCAAAAAUAAACCGGCCCUG